CCCCUCCAAAUCAUCACCUCGUAACAAUCUACCACAAAAAGCACGGAAAAUGAGGUGUACUUUUGUCAUCACAAGCCUUUUCGCAGCGGCUGCUGCCGUCCCCGAUCCACUCAUUACCCCACGGGCUGCGCUCGCACCACGACAAGCACGCGAUCCAGCGCUGCUGGGAUGGGUCGACGCGCCGAACGGACAGUUCUCCGACCAGCGCUCCUGCGACUUCCCCGCAACACUCUCAUCGUCCGGCGCCCUCGCCCAGUGCUGCGCUACCUCCUCAUGCACCUUCUGGCAAUCAUGCAGUGCGGGGACGCUCUUUGCGCAGCAGGCAUCGCUGUUUUGCGACCAGGGGUAUUGUAAUACCGCGGUGCUGGUGCCUACGGUGGGAGCCAGUAGUGGACUGCAGUAUCUGGGGUGUUGGGCGACGAGUCUGGGCGAGCAGGCGUUUACUGUUGUGAGGGAUAUUGGAUCAGGGCCUGUAGCUACGAGCGCACCCAGCAGCGGGUCAGCGUCGGCGAGCGCGGGUUCUAGCGCUGCGAGUAGUAGGGCGACAUCUGCUCGGUCUUCGGAUGCCGGUUCAGCGAGCUCGCAUAGCUCAGCGAGCGCGACACAGUCGUCUGCCAGUGCGGCUUCGUCUACUGCCGCCGCUGCUGUCAACACAGCCAUGCCACUGACUGGUGUAUUCGGACUUGUCGCUUUGCUGUUUGGCGUGCUCUAGGAGGAAGAUUCGGCUAGUCACUAGUGAGACAUGUGGGCUAAUGGUGCAAUGUGGUGGUAUAGUAUCCACGAUUUGUCUGAUUACCCAUGUGAUGAGUGGACGAUGUAUCUCUUUGUGCUUCUAAUGCUAAUUCAGGUAAACGUAUAGUUUCACUAGAUCCUUACGUCAAGUGGUACUUUCAGACCGAUUCUUGUAAUGACUAUUGUGACGAAGAAACGCCGAAGAAGUCUACAGGCUUAGUCAUUCUCGCAUUACCUAUACACGCCACAGGUAUGCCGCGCUUCACAUAUGGCCGGAGGUUGUUGAA